UAAUAAAGCCCAAAACAUUAAUAUCUUCGUCAGAUAAAACUCCUAUCCAAAUUAUAAGACCGGCCAGGUAGAGCCCGACCCGUAUUUAACCGGAUACACAGUUUAAACGACAUUAAUCGCUCUCGCUCUCAAGUUCCUUCGUUCAUCCUCGAGAGAUUCGAUUCGAUUCGAUUCGAAGCCAAGCUUCUUCGAUUUCUCCCUCUAAUACCUCAAUCCUGCUAUCGCAUUGCUUCUCUGAUUUCGUUUCUGGAGUUUUCGAAGGUUUGAAAGCACGUCUCCCUCCCUCCGAGGAAUCAAAUAAAGAGACUCAUAAAACCCUAAUUUCUCCAGUUCAGUUGUGAUUCCCGGCUCUUAUAAUCGUUAAAGGUUUUUGAUUGCGUUGUAGAAACCCUAACUCGCGGGGCGGGGCUGGGCAAUUCGCACUCCUCUCCGUGUUGAAGACAAGCGAGAGAGUAUGAAUGCUCCGAUCAUAGAUCCGUUGCAAGGAGACUUUCCAGAGGUGAUCGAAGAGUAUCUGGAGCAUGGGGUCAUCAAGUGCGUUGCUUUUAAUCACCGUGGUUCUCUCCUCGCAGCUGGAUGUGCGGAUGGGAGCUGUGUCAUCUGGGACUUCGAAACCAGAGGCAUUGCAAAAGUGCUUCGUGAUAACGAUUGCGCUGCUGCAAUCACAAGCGUCUCCUGGUCAAAGUAUGGACACCGCUUGCUUGUCUCAGCUGCAGACAAGUCGUUAACUCUCUGGGAUGUCUCCACUGGGGAGAAGAUUGCUAGAACAACUCUUCAGCAGACUCCCUUGCACGCUCGUCUCAACCCUGGCUUGAGUUCGCCUUCUCUUUGUCUCGCGUGCCCGCUCUCGUCUGCUCCCAUGAUUGUUGACUUUGAGAUUGGUUGCACGACUUUGCUUCCUGUGUGUGUGCCUGAGAUGCCUGAUGUGUUAGCUCCUCCGCAGCGCACUAAAUGUCCGGAGUCAGGUCCUCCUUUCUCUCCUGCUGCAGCCUGCUUUAACAAGUGUGGGGAUUUAGUUUAUGUGGGGAAUGCUAAAGGCGAAAUACUUAUUGUUGAUUAUAAGAGUGUUCGAGUUCUUGCUUUGGUUCCUGUCUCUGGUGGGUCUGCGGUGAAGAACAUAGUCUUUAGCAGGGACGGGAAGUAUCUUCUCACGAAUUCGCACGACCGCAUCAUCAGGAUAUAUGAGAAUCUUCUCCCAGCUAAAGAUGUGCUUAGCUCACUCGAGGACUUGGCUAAGAAGGUAGAUGGUGUUGAGAAAAUGAAGACUGUUGGAUCCAACUGCUUAACGCUCUUCAGGGAGUUCCAAGAUUUAGUUACCAAGAUGCAUUGGAAAGCGCCUUGCUUCAGCGGUGAUGGCGAGUGGGUCGUUGGUGGUUCUGCAUGCAAAGGAGAGCAUAAGAUCUACAUAUGGGAUCGAGCGGGGCAUCUGGUGAAAAUACUAGAAGGUCCAAAAGAGGCCUUGAUUGAUCUUGCUUGGCAUCCUGUUCAUCCGGUAAUCGUCUCUGUUUCCUUGACCGGUUUUGUAUACAUUUGGGCGAAAGAUUACACAGAGAACUGGAGUGCGUUUGCUCCUGAUUUCAAGGAGCUCGAGGAGAAUGAAGAGUAUGUGGAACGUGAAGAUGAAUUUGAUUUGAUGCCUGAGACAGGAAAGGUGAAAGUAUCAAGUGUUAAUGAAGAUGAGGAAGUUGACAUAGAGACAGUGGAAAAGGAUGCUUUCAGCGAUUCUGAUAUGUCAGUGGAGGAACUCCGUUACCUUCCAGCUGAACCGAUCCCAGAUGCAAAUGAGGAGCAAGACGAGUUAAAGUUAAUCGAAGCUCGUAUAUCUGCAUCUCCUGCUUCCGAAGAGGCUGGUCAGAAUGGACAUGUGACAGACCUUGUAUCAAGUCCACAAGGAGAAAUGGGUGAAACACGAGGAAAGAGAAAAAGGAAACCAUCAGAGAAAGCCAUGGAGUUGCAGGCGGAGAAGGCAAAGUCAUCAAAAGCUUCAGGAAGAACAGUACGAGAGAAAAGCAGAGCAGUAGGCGAUCAAGAAAUCGAUGAGAGUGUAAAUGGUCAGGAUGAUGUUGACGACGAUGCAUAUUAUUGACCAAGCAAUAAUGCUGUGUUCUUCUCUACCACGACACACCUGCGCUGUGAAUCAAGCUGGAUUCUGCACACUAGGAAUAUAUGUAGCCAGGAUCUUAAAUCUAAGCGUGUAUUAAGACAAUGUUUAAGCAGUUUAGAGAAAGAGAUAGAGAGGGAACAUAAACAUCUUUUGAUUCAUUAACUUUGAUCAUCACACAACAGAA